CAUUUCACCGCAGAAGAGAGAGUGACCCUGAGUCUAGUGUCAAACCAAUGAAAGCAACAGUUCAAGCCAUAAUGAGUGAGAUCAGAUGGUGAGAGGAGGGUAUGAACGCGUGUCUUUGACAGAUCGCACUUAUUUUGGAUCAUAAUUCCUGGAAUAAGAGCUUUUAUAUAAGGUCUAGAUUGCUGGAUUGAGUUUCACUGCAUCCAUGCAUAAGUAUUUUCUCGACCACCUCCAGAGUCAUUGGCUCUAUGUUUGCUGAACGCAUAGGUUAUGGAACAACAAGCUAGUGAUGAUGAGCCACCAGUAGUUCGUAGAGAGGAAAACAAGAGGAGGAGAAGGAAGAUGAAAGCAUUCACAUCUAGCUCAGCUGUACACAUGGAUCACAUAGCUGUUGAGUUUGUACUGCCCACCACCAACAAAACAAGCAAGAGCUCUGACACACUGCAAUUAGACGUGACUGGGAAUUGGACGGUAGAGCAGGUGAAGGUUCAGCUCUGGCAAAGAGCAGUUACCACAAAGCUAUGCCCAGAAUUUUACCAGAAAUACUCGCCAGACCACUGCAUUCUCCUCUAUCAGAAAAAAGGCAACUGGUAUGAGAUCUAUGACAAGCACCAGGUGUUCCAAACCCUUGACUGUAUCCGCUACUGGAAAGCGUUGAGAAAAGAGGUGGGGAAAAUUCAUUUGGCUAUUAGGCCGCAAGCAUCUGAUGAAUCUCUUCAGUACCAAAGGUUUCUGAACCAUCUCAUUGGAUAUGAUGUUACAGAUGUCAGCAACGUCCAUGACGACGAACUGGAAUUCACACGCAGAAAGCUACUCACCCCUCGGAAAAUCGAACUGUCUGACAGAGAUCCGAAACUUUAUUCAAUGGAUCCCUGUAUAACCACAAAGCCUGUCCCUGAAUACAUUCUGAGCAAAAUAAGUAACAACCACAUUCUGGUUGUGAUACACAAGGAGACAACAAGCCAGACCAUUAAGGUAUCUAUAGAUGAUACACCUGUACAGGUUCUUCAGAGCUUCUUUGCCAAGAUUGCUAAUAAGAGAGCACUUUUAGGCAUAUCAGAGGACGUCAGCGAAUCUGAUUUUGUCUUGAGAGUUUGCGGAAGAGAGGAAUACCUAUAUGGCAACUAUGCUAUCAAAGACUUCCACUGGAUCAGACAAUGUCUUAAAAACGGCGAAGAGAUCCAUUUGGUGUUAGAGCCCCCGCCAAACCCAGAACAAGAUGUAGUCCAAAAGGAAGACUGGUCGCAGGUUGAUGACUGCACUGGUGUAGCUGGCACUCAUGAACAAUUGACCAUCACUGAGAAAGACCACGAGAAGGUGUUCACCAUCUCCCUAUGGGACUGCAAUCGAAAAUUCAGGGUGAAGAUUUUGGGGAUUGACAUACCAGUCCUUCCACGCAAUUCUGAGCUGAUUGUGUUUGUUGAGGCCAGUAUUUAUCAUGGUCAGCAGUUGCUGGCCCAAGAGAGGACAACCUCGAAACCCUUCACAGACGAGGUGCUUUGGAACACCUGGCUGGAAUUCAAUAUAAAGAUUAAGGACUUACCCAAAGGAGCACGACUCAGUCUACAGGUGUCUUGUGGAAAAGCCCAGACUCAAACUUGCAAGGAAAAUGACUGCAAAAGCAAGAGCCGCUUGCUCUACUACGUCAACCUGUUAUUGGUGGACCACAGGUCUCUACUUAGACAAGGGGAGUUCAUCUUGCAUAUGUGGAAGAUGCCAGAGAAAAGUGAAGAUAACAGCAGUGUUAAUGCCGACAAGCUUACAUCUGCCACUAACCCAGACAAGACCACUUCCAUGGCUGUCGCUAUUCUUCUAGACAAGUAUUGCUACCCUGUGGCUCUCCCUAAGAGCAAGGAUUCUCAAGACUCAGACAUGGAAGGGGAGAGAGGGAAGAGAGAGAUGCCCAAUCACUUGCGGAAACAGUUUGAGCAGAUUAUUGCUACUGACCCUCUGCAUCCACUCAGUGCAGAAGAUAAAGAGCUGCUUUGGCACUUCAGGCAGGAUUGUAUGCGGGAUCCCAAAGCAUAUCCCAAGUUUCUUUCUUCUGUAAAAUGGGGCAAACAAGAGGCUGUGACAAUAACACAUCAGCUACUGGAUCGGAGUACCAUAUGGGACCGAAGCUCACAUGAUGUGGGUCUGGCUUUACAGUUACUGGACUGCCACUUUUCUGAUGAAAUUGUCCGCACUAUGGCCGUCAGAAAGUUAGAGACUCUAGGAGAUGAUGAUGUUCUACGGUAUCUCCUGCAGCUUGUUCAGGCUGUUAAAUUUGAACCGUACCAUGACAGUGCACUUGCCAGGUUCCUCCUCAAACGUGCACUUAGAAGCAAGCGGAUUGGCCACUUCCUGUUCUGGUUCUUGCGUAGUGAAAUUGCUCAAUCCAUGCAUUACCAGCAACGGUAUGCUGUAAUCCUGGAAUCUUACCUCCGUGGCUGUGGUGAAGCUAUGCUGCAGGACUUCAGGAAGCAGCUGGAGAUAACAGAGGCCUUGCAAAGAGUCACCCGUGAGAUUAAGCUUGUGUCUGCUGAAAAGUAUGACGUGUCCGCACAAGUUAUUUUUCAGCUGCGUCAGAAACUGGAAGAUCUGCAGAUGUCCGGGUUGCCAGAGAGCUUCAAAGUACCUUAUGACCCAGGCCUACGGGCUGGGGCACUGGUAAUUGAACAAUGCAAAGUAAUGGCAUCCAAGAAGAAACCCUUGUGGCUGCAGUUUAAGCAAGCUGACCCUACCACCCUGUCGAGUGACACUAUUGGGAUAAUCUUUAAAGAUGGGGAUGACCUUCGUCAGGACAUGCUGAUAUUACAGAUUUUGGUAAUAAUGGAGUCUAUCUGGGAGCUGGAAUGCUUGGAUCUGUCUUUGUUACCAUAUGGCUGUAUUUCCACGGGAAAUAAAAUUGGGAUGAUUGAAAUAGUGAAGGAUGCCACAACUAUCGCUAACAUUCAGCAAAGUACUGUUGGGAACACUGGUGCUUUUAAAGAUGAAAUCCUCAGCCAAUGGCUUCGUGAAAAGUGUGUGAAUGAGGACAAGCACCAGCAGGCUGUAGAACGGUUUGUGUUCUCCUGUGGAGGGUAUUGUGUGGCAACCUAUGUCCUGGGCAUUGGUGAUCGUCACAACGACAACAUAAUGAUCACAGAAACGGGGAACCUGUUCCACAUUGAUUUUGGACAUAUACUUGGAAACUACAAGAGUUUCCUGGGGAUAAGCAAGGAACGAGUGCCCUUUGUCUUAACUCCUGAUUUCCUUUAUGUGAUGGGUGCGAUCGGGAAAAAAAGUAGCCCUAAUUUCCUUAAAUUUCAGAAUGUUUGCCUGAAGGCCUACCUGGCUUUGAGACACCAGACCAACCUGCUCAUCAUCUUGUUCUCUAUGAUGCUCAUGACGGGUAUGCCACAGCUGACCAGCAAGGAGGACAUCGAGUACAUACGGGAGGCGCUGACAGUCGGACGCUCUGAGGACGAAGCCAAACAACAUUUCUUGGACCAAAUCGAGAUCUGUCGAGACAAAGGUUGGACGGUGCAGUUCAACUGGUUCCUACACUUGGUGCUAGGCAUUAAACAAGGUGUGGAGAAACGUUCAGCUUGAGCAUGCCAUCAAUCCUGCGUACAGUACAGAUAAUUUUAGAUGAAGAAUUCAACCAAAAAGGUUUUUAAGGACCUAAAUUAUGUUUACUCUCUUUUGUUUAGGCUUUUAAGGUGCAUAUUUGCUAUAAUCUUGGGUAUUUGCACUGUAACAUAUGUGAAGUCUGUUUUGUCCAAGAGACUGGAUCGUUCUACAUGCCCAUAUUCAAGCUGUAAAUAGCAGAAGUCUGAUCACUGGAGAAGAGCUGGUAUGCUGUUGGUAUAAGUUUGAGAUUCCACUCAAGUCUCUUAAGAGGCAAAAUUUGCUAAUAAUUUGUGACAUCUUCAGACUAUGACAUUUGAGAAUAGCUGUGUCUCAAUAAUUUAGUUUUCAUGGUAAAAAUAAAAAGGUGGUGGUGGGAAAAUAUAAAUUAUAAUAAUUGUUAAUAAUAUUUCUUAAUUUGAUAUCUUACCAGCUAGAGAACAGCUUUUGUUGGGACCACCUACAUAUGCCAACAUGAAAUUAUUUUUAUAAAUAUUUAAUGUUUUUAUAUUAAAAUUGCUUUGAAAAUAAUUUCAUGAGAAUUCUCUUUUUUUUUUCUUUUCUUUUUUUUUGCUGACACAUUUUUAAAAACUAUUAUAUCACAACCCCCAUAUUAAAUAAGAUGCCAUUUAGCAACCUUUUAACCCUAUGUAAAAAAAAUACAAAUAUAAUUGUAGUUUCUGCCAAAAUUCUAUAGUUACUGCAGUUAUUACUACAUCAAAACUAUGCUAACUGGCCAAUGUUCAGAAUGCCAAAUUUCCACAGUGCAUAGUGUGCAUAGGAUGUGCAUCACAUAGGACAGGGUCAACAUUUGUAGUAUACAGUAUGCAACAGUACACUGCACAGAAUUAUGUAUUUCAAAAGGCAAUACCUUCAUUUUUCAGUAUGAUGAAAGAACCGUAAGUACUCAGCUGUGAUUUUGUACAGCUCUAUUUUUAAGACAUCUUAACACAAAAUUAAAUAAUAAAAAAUUAAGUAUGACAUCUGGAAGCCAUUUAAAUCACCAUGUGACACUGCUGUUUUAAAAGUUUACCAUGACAUAUAGUAGGCAGUAUACAGUGCCAUAUUAAGUAGCUAAAAAAUAAAACAAAUUUCCAUAAUUUUUGAAAAACCAUAUUUAGUUUAUUAACUGUAAUAAACAAUAAAUGGUUAUGGGAUCUCCUUCACAAACUUUACAAAUUAUGUAGUAAAGCGUUUUAAAAGGUAAGGUGAAUAACAAUACGAACUUUGGCGGGAAGUGAAUUCCCGCCUGAUGAGCGUUGCUGAUCACGUGAGUGUAGUAACCGUUACUUCAGCUUCGAUAGAUGCGAGAGUUGAGAGCUGUCAUCGAUCACCUGUCACAAACUCACACAUAAUCUGAUAAAUAUCGAUUACUUUUUCAUAUUUACCCAUUAUAACGCCAUUUAAUUAAUUCAGAAUGAGUGUAGAGAUCCCAGAAGGCCUUAAAGAGCUGUUGACAGAGUUCACAGCGGAAGUGUUGAGGAAUCAGCCGCAUGAUCUGCUGCAGUUCUCAAUGCGGUACUUCAGUUCACUCAGAAAUCGAGCACCUGCAAGUACCGAAGAAACUCUGCUGGAAGAUGAGGAUGAGGAGCUGGUUGGUAAGUGAUUUCCCCCUACAGAAAAGUACUGUGGUGGUGGUACCGUGGUUCUUUGAAGAGAGUAAAAAAAACAUACAAAAAACAAUAGGGUACAACGGUGUUAAAGGGACACCUUAAAGGGAUAGUUAACCCAAAAAUGAAAAUUCAGUCAUUGUUUACUCACCCCUGUGUUGUUAUAACCCCAUAUGAAUUUCUUUCUUUUUCUUAACACAAAGGGAGAAAUUGUAAAAAAAAAAAAAAGUGUGCUCAGUGAUGUCAUACAAUGGCUGUUUAUGGUGACCACCUCUUCAAGCUUCAAAAGGACACAAAAGUAUAAUUUAGAAGUCUAAUAAAUUAUUCCAUGAGACUCAUGAUUGUUAUGACAGUAUACGAUAAGGUUUGGUGAGAAACAAACCGAAAUCGAAUGUAUUAUUUAGUGAAAAUGUUCACUGACCGUUGAUCUCCUGCUCCAUUCAUGAUAAGGCACAAGAGCAGCAGUUCAUGCAGCGCCCUCGCGACAUUGGGGCGUUCAAGUGAAAACUCGUUUUGUUUAUCUAAAAACAGGUCCUCCACAGUGAUAGUGACAACAGAACACAGCACAGCUGCACUUAAAACAGAGAACAGAACUUACUAAACAUGUCUGAAGAGUUUGUAGUCAAAGAAUUGAUGCAUUUCUAUGCCCAGCCUUAUUUUUUUAUUGUAUUGUUUUACGUUUUCGGUACCAGUUUACAGUGGAGGGAGUUACCUGCACGAUGCCAAAAAUAGAAAACAAGCGAUCGAGAGAAUGUACCAUCUCUCAUCACUGCUGGUUACCAUAGAAAAUAUACCUUUUAUCACGUGUCAUACAACAAUACAGCAUGCAACAGUAAUGCAGAUUUGCAUGUUGUAUUGUUGUGUAUUUGUUAUAAAAAAUAUUUAAAAAAAUAAAUAAUUACAUUUAUAAUUUAUUAUAAUUUUAAUAUCAAUGGAUACUAUUUUAAAUAUAUACUGUAAAUAUGUCAGUAAAUUAAAUUAAUAAAUUAACCAUUUUAUAUGAAUUAAAAAACUAUUUUGUUUAUAAAAAAAUAUGGGGAAAAUAUAGAGUUUAGGGCAAUUCAAGAUAAACAAAAUCGAAAUAUGCAUAUGUAAAAACGUGUAACUCAGUUUAUAUAUCUUAUACAAUACAAUGUAAGUGUGAAAUAUAAAAAUAUUUUUUUCCAGACUGAUAUUAUUAGGCGGGUUAUGUGAAUUUUACUUCUUUCUGGAAUGUUCUUACUCUUACAUCACUGAUCAGUAGACUAAUUUUUCAUUAGUUAUAGUUCCAACAUCAUCAAACACUUUUCCUGCUGUC